GCCCCCCCUGCGGCCCGCGGGUGGCGGCCGCGCAGGCGCCCUCGGCCGCGCGGGCAGCGCUCCGCGGGGCGGCAGCGCUCCAAGGGGCGGGGCGCCCCCUCGGCGUCGGCGGGCCUCGGCGGGCGGGCCGGGAUGCUCGGGCCGCUGCGGGGCGCGUGCGCCCCAGUUGCCCUGCUCCUGGCGGCCGCGGGGGCAGCUGGGCAAGGCUACGACUGCCACACCGGCCAGCCGCAGGCGUGGCCACAGGCUCAGAAGGACGUCUGCUGCAUCAUCCUGGGCGUUGGCUGCGCGUACGUGAAGCCGACUGGGCCGACCACGACCCUGCCGGGAACAACGGUGACCAUUUACGACUGCACGAUUGGCACAGAGAAUUGGGACGUUCAUCAGCAGAACUGGUGCUGCGAACACUGGAACAAGGGCUGCUCUGGCUCACCGCUUGGGAAGAAUGACUCCCAGAGCGAAGGCCAGGAGGCUGGCUCGGAGAAGCGCCUCUACGACUGCAACAAGGACCUUGAGCAGUUCAGCACCAAGUGGAGCCAGACCAAGCAGGACUGGUGCUGCGCGCACUGGGGCAAGGGGUGCAGCUCCACCGUGGACCUCGUGCAGGAUGGCGCGAGCCAGUUCGAGUGCGAGGAGGGCCUCAUGAACUGGCACAACGGUUGGUCAAACGCGAAGAAGGUAUGCACCCGGCAGCCCUUUUGGAGGAAUGCUCCGGCUCAGGGAGCGCAGCUGUACAUAGGCAUAGUCCGCAUCAACCACGCAUUUCUGUGA